UUGUUUUGUUUUGUUGAUAGCCCGUUACUUUCUAAACUGAAAUCCUUUCUCGUUUAUCCGCCUGCUCUCACAUACUUCCUCAGUCUCGUCUCAUCUCAUCGUCUUCUGCCGCCCACACUACUCAUUACCGCAGCUGUUUUCUUCAGCUUUGCCUUUUAUCUUCAGAGCUUCGCAGGCAUAUCAGUCUUUUGCCUCUUCUCAACUAUGAAUUGCUCAAUAUCCGGUGAAGUGCCGGAAGAGCCUGUUGUUUCCAAAAAAUCUGGACUUCUUUUUGAGAAGCGUCUCAUUGAACGUCACAUUUCGGAUUAUGGAAAAUGUCCAAUCACAGGAGAACCAUUGAGUUUGGAUGAUAUUGUCCAAGUUAAAGCUGGAAAGAUAGUGAAGCCUAGACCUGUUCAGGCUGCAAGUAUUCCUGGAAUGAUUGGCAUGUUCCAAAAUGAAUGGGAUAGCUUGAUGCUCUCCAAUUUUGCUCUUGAACAACAAUUACAUACUGCCAGGCAAGAACUGAGCCAUGCUCUCUACCAGCAUGAUGCUGCUUGCCGUGUAAUAGCAAGGCUUAAGAAGGAAAGAGACGAGGCAAUGUCAAUAUUGGCUCAGGCAGAAAGGCAGAUACCUAUGUCUGUAGCCACAGGCAAUGCAGUUGCUUUAAGUAAUGGAAAACGAGGUGCGGAGGAAGAGGAUCUGGCCCAUGGUGGAAAGAAAGCCAGACCUGGAAUUUCUACCGAUAUCAUUGCUGAGAUGACAGAAUGCAACUUAGAACUCUCACAACUGCGUAAAAAGCGAACGGUACCUGUAACUUUGGCUCCUAUUGCGGAUCUGGAAAUCUACACCCAGAUUUCUAGUUAUCCUCUCCAUAAGACCAACAAACCUGGAAUUCUAUCUGUUGAUAUCCAUUACUCUAAGGAUAUUAUUGCAACGGGAGGGAUUGAUACAAAUGCUAUUGUCUUUGAUCGGCCUUCUGGACAGAUUGUAUCGACUCUAAGUGGUCACUCAAAGAAGGUUACUAGUAUCAAAAUAGUUCCACAGAAUGAAAGUUUUGUCAUAACUGGAUCAGCUGACAAGACUGUAAGAUUAUGGCAAGGGUCUGAAGAUGGGAGUUAUGAUUGCAGACAUGUAUUAAGAGAUCACACAGCGGAGGUGCAAGCUGUUACAAUUCAUGCAACAAACAAAUACUUUGUUACUGCUUCCCUUGAUAAUUCAUGGUGCUUCUAUGAUCUUGCAAGCGGCCUUUGUCUUCAACAGGUUGCAGACUCUUCAGGGUCUGAGGGUUAUACUUCUGCAGCUUUUCAUCCUGAUGGUCUCAUCCUAGGAACAGGAACAACAGGUGCUGUUGCUAAGAUUUGGGAUGUUAAGAGUCAGAAUAGUGUCGCUCAAUUUGAUGGGCAUACUGGUCCUGUUACGGCAAUGUCUUUCUCAGAAAAUGGAUACUUCCUUGCGACUGCAGCUUAUGAUGGAGUAAAGCUUUGGGAUCUGCGUAAACUGAAAAAUUUCCGGUCGUUCCCUUCACCUGAUCCAGACACACCUACCAACUAUGUUGAUUUCGACCAUAGCGGGAGCUACCUUGCUGUUGCAAGUUCAGAUAUAAGAGUGUACCAAGUUGCAAGUGUCAAGGCAGAAUGGAAUUGUAUCAAGACCCUACCCGAUUUGUCUGGCACAGGCAAAGCAACAGCUGUAAAGUUUGGUCCAGAUGCAAAAUACAUAGCAGUGGGAUCAUUGGAUCGUAACCUGCGGAUAUUUGGCUUGCCGGGAGAAGAUGGUGCUGCAAUGGAAUCUUAAGGGGCUAGUGGGGUGCAAUCCUGGAAUGUCACGAGCUGUAGCUGUAUGCAGUUUUUUGGGGGCUCAAUUAAGUAACCCCCAAUUAGUGGAAACGGAGCCAUUUAUCCUAUUUCAUUCUUCCCUAUGCUGAAAGUGAGGAUAAUUUUGAGUUCUGGAGUUUCAUGUCAAAUGCCUGGAAAGAAGUAAAAGUGCCUAUAAUUUUUGUGUUUUGUUUUGCUAGAACAUUAGAAAACUAGUAUAGUGUACUGUACCUGAUAAGCUGGUAUGUCAAACAGAUUACUUUUGCAUAUUGCAAUGAAUGUUGAGCUUUAGUCUUUUCUUAAGCCGUUUGUCGCGGUUGGAUAUUACAUUUACCUUCUCAGGAUUACUUGUA